AUGAGCUGGUUCCUGCCGCAGAUCAAGUCGGACAUAGGGCCCGCGGGCCGCGGGGGGCACUGCCUGGCCGCCCUGUCCACGAAGGUCGUGCUCUUCGGGGGGGCCGACCGCGCCCCGACGCCGUUCGAGGACCUCUGGGUCCUCGAGUGCGAAGCAGACGUGUACCAGUGGACCCGGAUCACGCCGACCUUCAAGGACGGCGUCGACAUCCUGCCUCGCACGGGCGCCACAAUGUGCGCCAUCAAUGACAAGAUCUACAUGUACGGCGGGCAGGACCCGAUGACCGGCGUGGUGUACAGCGACGUCACGUGCCUCGACACGGACGUGUGGGAGUGGUCUAAAGUGCGCGUCAUCGGUGACUCCCCCCCGCCGCGGCACUCCCACGUCGCCGCCGCGCUCGCGAAGGACCGCAUCAUCGUCGUCCACGGCGGCUCGGGCCCCCAGGGGACCCCCCUCGACGAUCUCUGGGUGUUCAACCUUGACUCAGGAAUGUGGACCCGCCCAGCGCCGGCGGGCGACCCCCCCGCGGCGCGCGAGAUGGCCGCGGCGUGCGUGCUCGGCGGGGACCGCAUCUUGAUCCACGGCGGCCGCGGCGCCAAGGGCGACAUCCUGUCGGACUACGGCAUUCUUGACGCGGGCAUGAUGCGGUGGGUCGCGGGCGGGCUGACGCCGUACCCGCGGUGCUCGCACACCGCGGUGCUGCUCGACGUGGAGAUCGACCACGACGACGCGCACGGCGCGAAGGCCGCGGGGAAGCCGAGCGGUGCGGAGGGCGCCGGCGCCGCGGACGCAGAGGCGGCCGAGGACGUGGAGAUGUCGACGCCGAAGCCCGGGGCGCCCGGGGCGGCGGACGUCGCGAUGGAGACGCCCGCUGCGACGCCGGUGGCCGGGGCGGCGGACCCGUGGGCGGGCAUGGAGGAGGUGCGUGACGGGGGGGAGGCGGAGGUGGGGCAGGGGGUGUUGAUGUACGGGGGGUUCUCGGGGAAGGACGUGGAGGGGAGUUUGGUGGAGUGGGACCCGGACAGCGGCCACAUCGAGCUCGCGGUGCCCGUGCCGCCCGGGAACGCCGGCGCCGACGGGAAACCCCCCCCGGUGCCGCACUUCCACGGGCGGGCGGGGGCGAAGCCGGAGUACGGCACGCUGAAGACGCUGACGGAGCCCGCGCACCGCUUCGCGCACGCGGCGGUGGCGAUACCGGACCCGGCGGGGAGGGGGACUAUGAUGCUGGUCAUGGGGGGGUGCAACAUGUCGGACGACCUGCGGGACGUGGCCGUGUGGCGGUACACCGUGCCUGAGACGGACGACGCGCAGCACGAGACGGUCGACGCGGCGAGCGCGCUGCUGGAGCUCCUGUGA